AUGGUGAAAUACCUUCGAACAUCAUCGACUUAUUGCGCUAAUGUGACAAAGGAUACCAUUAACAAUCAUCAAAAGAAGCGGAUGAAACAAAAGCGCGACGCGGCAGAAGACACGACGGCCAAUGCCAAUGCGCCGGAAGCGCCGGAAGCCGACUCGAUGGAAGCGACGGUAGUCAACCGUGGAGGACGUCCGAAGGGAACCACAAUACUGGCGAAACGAACCAAAGAAGAGAAUCUUGCUAAUGCCAAAGAUUGGGUUGCUACGAAAUAUUUGGAAGCCCAAAACAAUGCUGCUGGUCGCGUCAAAAAAGGAACGCUGGACGCACUCAUCCAUCAAGCCGAAAUAGAAUUCAAUCUGCAGGAUGGCGACGUCAUACGGUUACGUCUAAACUCAGUCAUGCCAAACUAG